CCAAACACCCCCUUUCCAUUACCACUCCUCAAACGUAAAACCCAGCCACCAACAAAGAAAAAAAGAACAGAAAAACAAUGGCAACAAUUCUCAGGGUUUUAUCAAUCUCUUCUCAAAGAGGUUUAACGUUAACAUCAAUGCCUCAGUUUCUGGCAAUACAACGUUUGUUCUGUAACAACAAACUGCUCAAUCCCAUUUCGAAUCCUCUUGUGGCGAAAUUGCUUCAGGUUCCAAACUCACGAAUUAAAAGUGCACUGGAUUCAGAGGACACUUCUGCUCUCAAAAGCUUCGGAGAUUCCUGGGAAUCCCUUGUCAUUUCUCUCAGAUCUACGUCUCCUCAGAAAGCCCACCUGGUUUUGGAAUGGAGACUAGAGAAAAUGCUGGAGGAGAAUGUGAGAGACCACGAUUCCUUCUCUGAGUUGAUGUAUCUUUGUGGAAAGGUUCAGAAUCUCCCUCUCGCUAUGCGUGUCUUUACUUCUAUGGAGGCUCAUGGAGUUAAACCCACUUCUUCUGUUUUUAAUUCCCUUAUAAGUGCUUGCUUGUCUUCAGGUAAUUUAGUGACAGCCCGCAGCUUAUUUGAGAUAAUGGAGAGCUCUGAGGGCUAUAAGCCUAAUUCUGACACUUACUAUGCUUUCAUAUUUGCGUUCUCAAGUUUGGGAAAUGCUGAUGCCAUGCAAGCUUGGUACUCGGCCAAAACGGCUGCUGGGUUCUCCAUUGAUCUUCAAACCUAUGAAUCUCUCAUUUCAGGUUUUGUUAAAGCAAGAAAAUAUGAUAGUGCUGAUAAAUUAUAUGAAGAAAUGAUGGUGUCUGGAGUCAUGCCUAACAUUCCUAUAUUGGAGAACAUGUUUGAAGGGCUUUGCAAGCGGAAAAGUUUUGAUCAAGUGAAAGAGUUCUUGAAAUUUGUGCUUGAUGGUGGGUGGGAAAUUAGUAGCCAGAUGGCUGAGAGGCUUGUGAGGUUGUAUGUUGAAGUUGGGACAGUGGAAGAUAUGGAGGAGUUACUUGUAACUGUAAUGAAUGCCAAUCAAGCUUCUGAGAUUCUGUCACGGGUGCACUGUGGGAUUAUUAGGAUGUAUGCCGGUUCAGAUAGAUUGGAUGAUGUAGAAUAUUCUGUUGGUAGGUUGUUAAAACAAGGUUUGUCAUUCAACUGCCCAGAUGAUGUUGAGAAGGUAAUUUGUUGUUACUUCAGGUGGGCAGCUUAUGAUCGUCUAGACUUAUUUUUGGAACAUAUAAAGGCUUAUUAUGUGCUCACAAGAUCAACUUAUGAUUUGUUGAUAGCUGGCUAUCGGCGAGCAGGUUUAUCUGAAAAAUUAGAUAUGGUUAUGAAACAUAUGCUGUCAGCUGGAUUGUCAUAGCAUCCUGUAUCAUGUUCAAACAAAAUUGCUAUGAUCUUUCAUAUGUAAGUGUAGCAUUGGCUGAAGCCUGAAAUGCAUACAAAUGCUUCUGUACCAGCGAGCUUAAAAUGUUUGGCUCCUUUCAAGAGAGAUGAACGUAUGUGAGAAACCAUGGAAAAUAGAGAGCUACGGUAUCUGUUAGCUUAAAAAAGGAGUGGGGAUUCCUCCGUGUAGAAUUGAGCCAUUCCCCUAAUAGUUUUGCUUGUCAAUAGGUUGAUUCUCUUGAUACUUUUAUUGACAUACUUCUGGUUAUAUUGUGUUCGGGUCUUUUCACUAGAACGUGUUGUACUUUGAUACAUUAAUGGCUAGAACCAGAUUUAUGGGAUAGUCGAGUCUGAAACUUGUACUAA